UCAUUUGUUUAGGGAUUUGGUGGAACGAACAAAUCAGAAGCGAUGAGAAGUUCCGAUGGUGGUCAUUCAAAUCGCUAGGAGAGACAAAGUGGUCGAUCUCCGGCGACCCUCUGAGGCUUUAACUUUCAUCAUCUCCGGUUGAGAGCUAAGGGAACAGGUCUUCGUCUUCGUCUGUUCGGAGAAGCUGAAAUCACGAAUGGAAGGUUGCGAUCAGGAAGCUCCAAUGGUGGAGUGUGGUUCUGCAGUAGUUAAGGGGAUAAUUUCGGAUACUGCGGACAAACUGUUUGAUAAUCUGUUUUGGAAACGAUUAACGCUAGUACAAAUCAAUUUAUCUAUUGCUUUCUACUUUCAGCAAUCAUUACAUUGAAAGAGGAGACGAUUGUUUUGAAGAAAUCAUCAAACCCUGAGCCAGUACUUGAAGAAUUCAUACCCCUUCAGAACACUAGUGGUGAAGAUGCAAAACUCGAAAUCAUCAGUAAAGAAAAGUGCGGUGGAGACAAGAAGAAUUGGUUGAGCACCACUCAGCUUUGGAACAAUCCAAAUCCAAAUCCAAAUCUAAACACAAAUCAAACCUAAAUUUGGAAACCAAAAUCAAUUCAUCAAAUUACCAAAAAGAGAACUGAUGAAGAAGAUGAUGGAAUGAUCGGCGAUCCAUAUCCCACAAAAGCAUUUAUCUCAUAUAAGGGAAUUUGUGGGUUUACAGUGGUGGAGGAAGAUAAGGAGGAAUCACCGAUUCCAGGGCUCUCUCUUAUCACCCUUGGAAUCAAGAAUCCAGUGAGGGGAAACCUUUUACUUACAAAAACCAUUUCCAAUUCCAGAUUGCUUCCUUGUUCUUCACCAAAUGCUCAACAAACAUCUAGAAAACAAAGAAGAUGCUGGUCAACAGAGCUGCAUAGACGAUUUGUCAAUGCCUUACAGCAACUCGGUGGUUCACAAGCUGCAACUCCUAAGCAGAUUAGAGAGCUUAUGCAAGUCGAUGGGCUUACAAAUGAUGAAGUCAAAAGCCAUUUGCAAAAAUACAGACUUCAUACACGAAGACUUCCACCAUCCUCUAAAUUUAGAUGACGCCGUCGCUACAUGAAAACUACAAAAGCACGUAAUCAUGAUUACAAACACAGUCCUUAUCCAUCUAUUACUCACACACAGGACAUCUACAAAAAGUCAAAAAGUAAUUGUGAUAAAUGACACCAACCUUCUCCCAGAAAAUCCCACUAUAUCUAUAUAACAACCCACACCUGAAAACAUACCCAACAAAAUCAAAUUAAAUUAAGGAGAAUGGAGACUAGAAUCGCAACUAUGAUGAGAUGAUCCAAAAAGAAGAGGCUAGCUAGAAAGAAGAUGCACUCUAUCUAUAUAUAUCGUGACAACAAUGCUACACCAAGAACAGGUGAGGAUCGACAACCUUAACACAACCCACACCAACCAAGCUAGCUAGCAGCCGACCUUCGAAUGAGAUUGCAAACAAUCAACAACCUCAACAGCGAUCCCGACUCCACUUUCAAAUCCUUCCUGCAAUUCCUCCGACCUCCUCAUGAAGGAAAACUUAAAGCAAUACAUCCAACUUACCGAGAAAACCAUCACCAUGUUCGUUCGAAGAAAUGCUUCAAAUUCUCCAAGAUCAAAACAUAUAAACAAAACAAAAAAAAAAAAGGUGGAAUGAAGCAGCUGUUCGUAAUCUCUUUUCGUUCACCAACCGGUUAUUUGUCUUUAUUUUGCUAUCUAAAAAUGUUUGUUGUUUGUCUUUAGUCUGCUAUGUAAAAAUGUUUGUGUAAAGGUUCUAAUUACGCUUGCUUCUAUGUAUUAAAAACUUUCGUGUA